AAGAACACUCCCAAUCUAAAAUUCCCAACCAAAACAGUAAAAUGCCUGGCGUCAUUACACCACGCGUUAACCUGCAUGUGCCACUGGACUGGAACCAUACUCUAUUCGUUCCUUCGGGCUCUCCUUCUUCGUGUGGAUCCUUUUUGGCUGCAACUCUGUUACUUUGUUACAUUAUUCAUGUUAGGGUACUUGUCUUUAUCCAUCUUGGAGCCUCGGAGUCCUAUGAAUCGCCCAAAAAGCUAUGAUCUUCUUUUCACAGCUGUCUCAGCUGUCACUGUAUCUAGCAUGGCUACAGUUGAGAUGGAGGUUUUCUCCAAUACCCAACUCUUUUGUUUGGCAAUUUUGAUGCUAUUGGGAGGAGAAGUUUUCACGUCAUUGCUUGAACUUCAAAUCCAGAUAUUUAAGUUGUCGGAAAGGAAGUCAGCAAGCUGUACUCCUUCCUCAAACAUGAAUGUAGAGAACGGACUGAUGUCUACAAAUAGCAACAUCGACUUGAAGUACAAAUCAAUGAAGUUUUUAGGGAUUACUGUGCUAUGGUACUUCUUUACAGUGCAAGUAAUUGGAUACCUUCUAGUUUCUCUGUAUGUGGGCCUUGUUGUAUCCAUAAAAGAAGUGUUGAUGAACAAAAAGCUUAACCUACAAGUAUUCUCAAUUGUUACCACAAUCUCUACCUUCACCAACUGCGGAUUUCUCCCAACAAAUGAAAGCAUGAUGGUUUUCAAGAAUAAUCUAGGACUACAAAUGAUUCUAAUCCCACUCGUUCUCCUUGGAAACACAUUGUACCCGGUGUUCCUCCGGCUUGUACUAUUACUUCUUGGUAAAAUAAGUAUUAGAGAGGAGAUGAAGUAUGUUUUAGAAAAUGAAGAUGAGUUGCGUUAUCGGCAUUUGCUAUCAGGGGUAGAUUCGUGGUAUCUUUCCCUAACAUCUAUUGGAUUCAUAUUCAUUCAGUUUGUGCUUUUGAUCUCUAUUGGGUGGAAAUCUCAAGCCAUGCAUGGUUUAAAUACUUUAGAGAAAGUAGUGGGUUCCUUGUUUCAAGUUACGAAUACUAGACAUACCGGUGAAUCAGUCUUUGAUCUUUCCCUCAUCUCUCCAGCAAUCAUUGUCUUGAUUGUUACCAUGAUGUAUCUGCCAGCAUAUACCUAUUUCUUGCCAAGAGAAGAUACCCGCACUCUUUCCUCCACUAAUAAAUGCAAUAAAGAAAAAAACAAGAUUUCGAUUGGUUUUUUGCUGCUCUCACCACUUCCAAUUUUAGUAAUUAUUAUUAUGCUUAUCUGCAUAACGGAAAGCGAUAAAAUGCAGAAAGACCCCUUGAAUUUCAAUGUGUUGAACGUCAUCUUUGAAGUGAUAAGUGCUUAUGGGAAUGUAGGGUUCUCAUUGGGCUAUAGUUGCAAAAGACAACUACAACCAUAUCAAGAAUGCCGAGAUGCAUGUUACGGGUUUGUUGGUAGAUGGAGUUACAUUAGCAAACAUAUUCUUGUUCUCGCAAUGAUAUUUGGAAGACUUAGAAAGUUUCAUGAGAGAGGUGGUAAGGCAUGGAAGUUAUCUUAGACAUAAUAUAAUUAAGUUUGCUGAAACCCAUCUUGGAUAGAAUGUGUUAUCAAGGUUUAUUAAUGUAUUGAAUCUCUUGAAUAUAGAAGAGUAUUACAACAGAUAUAUAUCGAUCUCCUUGAAUGGGAAUGAGAUAAUUAAUUAAGGGGCUAAACAAGGUGAUAAAACAAAUGCACGUUGACUGCCUUGACUGUUGAGUAUUGACCUAUAAUUUUGAAUUAACUUUUAUUGUUAUUGUUGGUAUAUGUAAUAAGCCCUCGCAAGAUAGAGGAUCCAUCGAAGACUCCAAUCUUGGAUCGUAGAUUUAAAAAAGUGGACCGUGCAUGCGGUUUGGUAAGAGCAUCAACAAGCUGAUCAAAAGAAUUUUUAUGAAGAACGCACAACGAACCAUUCUUAACUCUUUCACGGAUAAAGUCAUAGUCAAGAGCAAGGUGUUUCAUCCACGAGGGAUCGAACAGAUUGGCACACAAGUAUGUAGCACCUGUCUUGUCACAAAAUAAUGUAGGAAGCUUAAGGAGCCUAUGUCGAGAUCUGUCAAUAAGUGUUGUACCCAGGUGAUUUCAGCCGUAGCAUUGGCUAAACCUUUGUACUCAACCUCGGUGGAGGAUCUACACACUGAUUUUUCCAUGUUGAUCGCCGUGAGAUAAUGUUGGAUCU